ACCUUAAUGAGAGUCGAUAUUGAAGUUUGAAAUCCAAUUAGUGGGUAAGAUGGGCAAAAAUAAUACCACUUUUGUGCCUACUUUCUUCAUUGUUAUAAUGUUUCUUUAUUCCUCUCAGGUUUCAACUGCGUUUUGCAUCAAACAAGAGAGAGAAUUGCUACUUAAGCUUAAGGCAAGUUUCAUUGAUUCUUCUAAUCGCCUGGCUUCUUGGAAAGGAAUUGAUUGUUGCAGUUGGGAAGGAGUGGGGUGUGAUGAUACUAAUGGCGGUCACGUCGUCAAGCUUGAUCUUCGAAAUUAUGAGUAUUCCUCAUCCUCUGUUUUACUUAGCAAUGGUGUGGACUCUAGUUUGUUUGAGUUGAAAUAUUUGAAUUACUUGGAUUUAAGUGCGAAUUUUUUCAACUAUACUAAAAUUCCUAUCUAUUUAACGCAGCUUCCUGAGUUAAGAUAUCUUAAUCUAUCUCUUACUUACUUUCAUGGAACAAUUCCACCUUUUCUUGGAAAUCUAUCUAAAGUGAUUUAUCUUGAUUUGAACAACAAUGAGUAUUUGGAUGGCCCGGAUUAUUUAUAUCAAGGAGAGUUAUUUAUUGAUGGCCUUGAAUGGCUUUCAAGUCUUUCAUCUUUGGAAUACCUUGACUUGAGUGGUGCAAAAGCAAUUCAAAGUAAGUUAGGAUUAGAUUUCAUGCAAGUGUUAAAUACUCUCCCUUCUUCUUUAGUUUCAUUAAAAUUGAGUUUUUGUGGACUUCAAAACACCCAUUAUAUUCAUGCUCCAUUAAAUUCUUCAUUUCUCUCCAAACUUCAACAUCUAGAUUUGUCUUAUAAUAUGUUUGAUGGUCCAAUUCCUAGUUUUCUUCAAAACAUGACGUCCCUAGGAUUCCUAAACCUUUAUGGUAAUGAAUAUAAUUCUUCAAUUCCAUCUUGGUUAAGCAAUCUUUUGAAUCUCGAUACUUUGAAGCUGGGAGGCAACUUGUUUAGUAGCAUCGAAGGUGGUUUGUCCUUAAUGGUUAGAAACAAUUGCCACCUGAAAACUCUUGAUUUAUCAUUUAACCAUUUCCUUGGUGAUGAUGUUUUCGGAAGUUAUGAAAAUUUAUCUGCAGGUUGUGAAGAGUAUGGUUUAGAAAGUCUUAGACUAAAAAACAUGAAAUUUGGGAUCCAUAAAAUUCCAAGUUGGUUGGGAGAAUUAAAGAACUUGAAGUCUCUUUAUCUUCAAAAUUGUUCACUUUAUGGCCUAAUUCCUUCUUCAUUUGGAAAUUUAUCUCGCCUUAAGAACUUGGAUAUUUCUUAUAAUAUGCUUAGUGGGGGAAUUCCAGUCUCAUUUGGGAACUUAUCGAACUUAAUGACCUUGGAUCUGAGAGAAAAUAAUUUCGAUGGUACCAUUCCGAAAAGUUUUGGACAACUUCGAAAUCUCGAAAGGUUUGAUUUUUCUAAGAAUCCUCUUAGAGGUGUUAUAACAGAAAUUCACUUUGCUAAUCUCUCACAGUUGAAGUGGGUAAUUAUGAAUGGAAAUCACCUUCUAUCUUUUGAAAUAAAACAUGAUUGGGUACCUCCUUUCCAAUUGCAGUAUUUUUCUGUGAGAUCAACUAAGGGUUUUGGAUCAAGUGGAUUUCCACGAUGGUUGUUAACACAAAACGGAUCAGCUUUAUAUUUAGAUUUGUCCAACACCAGUAUUUCAGGGCCUAUACCAACAUGGCUAAUCUUUCAAAAUUUCAUUUAUUUAGACAUUUCCAACAAUCAAAUAAGUGGACCACUCCCAAAAAGCAUUGGCGACCAAAUUCCCAAUAUGUUUGCAUUUUAUGCUUCCAACAUGCAUAUCAUUGGUUCUUUGCCACGAUCUGUUUGUAGAUGGAGGAAUCUAAUAUUUUUGGGACUUUCAAAUAAUGAAUUAUCAGGGACAAUUCCUGGUUGUCUGUUGACACAAAACUUGACAAAUUUUGAUUUGUCGUCAAACAAGUUUUCGGGGAAUUUUUCCAAUUCAUUGGAGAAUCUUUCUAGACUUGAACUAAUGAACUUGGCAAACAAUAAGCUUGAGGGAGAGCCAUUAAUUGCCAUCAGAAGUUGCAAAUCCUUGUCUAUUUUGGAUCUUGAAGGAAACAAAUUCUCUGAUAACAAAUUAGAAGGAAACAUCCCACCAAUUUGGGCAAAUUUCAGUGCAACCAAAAGUAACCAAUUAACUGAGUCCGGUUUGGUAUGUGACAGUUCAGAGGAUCCAUUUGCAAUUUGUUAUGUAAGCUAUGUUAGACAAGUCACAAAAUCAAGUAGUCGAAACUACUCGUAUUUACAAUUAUAUUCAAUGGUGAAUGUAGACCUCUCAAAUAACAACUUAUAUGGUAGUAUUCCAAGUGAAAUAGCCACAAUAACAGACUUGUUCAACUUAAAUUUGUCGCAUAAUCAUCUGUCGGGGACAAUUCCUGUGGAGUUUGGAAGAUCACUAGCAUUGGAAUCUCUUGACCUCUCUUUCAAUCAACUCUCAGGAUCAAUUCCAAAUAGCAUGUUAAGCUUAAGUUCACUAGGCGUGUUGAAGUUGUCCAACAACAAUUUCUCUGGACGCAUUCCUCGAGAAGGUCAUCUUUCAACCUUCAAUGAUCCAUCGAGUUAUGAAGGUAAUCCAUAUCUUUGUGGAGAUCCACUCUCUGUUUUAUGCCUAGAUACAAAUUCCGACAAGCCUUCAAUUGAAAUCGACAAUUUUAAUAGUGAUAGUCAUGAAGAAGAUAAGUUGGAGAAAAUGUGGUUUUGGAUUAUUGUGAUGCUUGGAUUUGCUUUGGGAUUUUGGGGAGUUGUUGGACCUUUAAUAUUAAAGAGAAGUUGGAGGCAUGCUUAUUUCCAAUUUAUGGAUGAGACCAAAGACAAGAUCUAUGUUGCAAUAUUGGUCAAUAUGAAAAGGUUGAAAAAAUCAAUGGGAAGAAACAACGUGUUGUAAUUAAUUUAUGUUCAUGUAAUAAUUUUGUUCUACUUUGAUCCAUUGAGUCCAUCGAUUGGAUCAAAGAACUGUCUUUUUUCCUUUUUACGACACGUAUUAAUAAUUUUGUGGUCAAUUGAAAUAUGUAUUGCCUAAUAGUUUAUGCAAAACUCCUUCCCUUCCAA